ACUGAGCGCGCCAAGAUGAAGGUACUACUUGUGUUCCUAACAUUUACAAUUUUAGGAUUUGCUUCGCGUUCUAAUGGUUUUCGUUCAAGCAGAAGAUAUGUUCCCAACGAAAACGAUCCCUACCGUUUUAAAGAAAUAGCAUUCGAGGACGAUAUAGGAAAAUUACAUUUUGAAAACUUAAGCGUGGAGCAUCUUCAAGAGAGGUCUAUUACACCAGGAGAUGUUACAUUACAUUUGUUUACCCGAAAACAUCCUAAAACCAGCGUAGCAGUGCCAAUAAAUAAAGCAGGAGAUUUGUUAAGACAUAACCAGUCCUUCAACGCUUCAGCUCUCAACUACUUCAUUAUACAUGGAUGGAGGAACAACUAUAAAAGUAACGUAAAUGUGGUUAUCACCGAGGCAAUUCUAAACAAUUACGAUGUUAACGUCUUUGUGGUCGACUGGAGCACAUAUGCAUUUAAAUUUUAUACAACAUCUAAGGCAGCUGUGCCACAAAUUGGACUGUUUCUGGCAAAUUUUAUCAGUGACUUACUUAAAGAAUACCAGAUACCUCAUACACAGUUUGUGUUAGUUGGCCACAGUCUUGGUGCGCAUAUAGCUGGUUGUACUGGAUCCGCUUUAAGCGGCCAAAUCGACCACAUAAUUGGAUUAGACCCAGCAGGGCCGUUAUUUUCUUUAAACCAACUUGAUAAUCGAUUAGAUGAGACUGAUGCCAAAUUUGUUCAAGUUGUUCAUACAAACGGAUACCUGCUAGGUUUUAGUAGUGCCAUCGGUCACGCAGACUAUUAUCCUAAUGAUGGCAAUAGGCAGCCCGGUUGUGGAAUUGAUCUAUUUGGCAAAUGCGCUCAUUCUCGAGCUUACUACUAUUACGCGGAAUCAAUAUGGCAAGGUGGAUUUGAAGCGGAAAAAUGUCUCACAUAUGAUGAAUUUAUGAACUCAAACUGUAUAACGCACAAAAAAUCCUUCCUUGGGACGUUUUUUAUUGAUAAAAGUGCGUACGGUGAUUAUUAUUUAGAUACGAAUAGAGAAGCGCCUUUUGCAUUGGGAACUAGAUGAUCUGUGGAUAUACUCCUAUGCUCACAACGUCGCGUCAAAUGAGUUGAAGCAAAAUACCUACGUGUACCGCAUCAACAGUAUUGCAAGCCCAGGCAGAAUAUCCGUAAAGAUAUUAAAAUUUCAACACAGUGCUGUAGGUUAAAAUAAAGGAUUUGAUUUUCGUACUUCGAUA